AUGAAAAGUCUAUAAAAUUAUGAAUAAUUCAAAUAGGUGAAAUAGAACCCCUUAAAUAAUUCAAGAAGCAAAUAGUUAUACAGCUUUUCAAAAUCUCCCAGAUUCAAUUACAAGGAAAAGAGAGAUAACUCACCAUCAUUUUACACUAUUAAAACUGAUCUAAUUUCCCCUCAUAAAGGUGUCUCUUUUGGAUCAGGCUCCAAGGUAGAUUUCUCUAAAUUGGGAACCAAAACUCCAGGACCAGGACAUUACUAAAUCAAAUAAUCAAAGACUACUCAAGAAUCCAAUUUGAAAAAGCAUACAAUGGGAGUGGGUAGAAUAUAAACAAAACAGAAGAGUGAAGUGCCUCCAGUGGGACUUUAUUAAGUAACCUAAAGUUUAGUUUAGGUUAAUAAGGCUCCACAUUUUGGAUUAAAGUUAUUGCCAAAGAAUGAAACAUGUGCUCCUGGGCCUGGGAAGUAUGAUAUUCAAGUAAAAGAACAUUCCAAAUCAUUUGUGGCUGGAUUUGGUUCUGGGAGAUCAGGGUAGACAAUAGAGGAUACCCCUGGACCUUUGGAAUAUAGACCCAGAACUGAAAUGUCACCAAAAUAUGCUAAUUCUAAUUGGAGUAAUUGUCAAGUAACCAAGUUUUCAAAAGUGUAACGUUUUGGAAGCAACGCAACAAUUACUCCUGGUCCUGGGAAAUAUUAAAUAGCAGGAGAAUUUGGAAUAUACUGA